AUGAAGUCUCUUGUCUCCAUCCUGUCAUUGGGUCUCCUGCUCAUACGAUCCCAUGUCUCUGCCGCGCCUCAGGGUUCUCCAUCAAGCUCAACAUCUGACUUAGCAGCACCUGUGUCGACAGAUGGCAUCAACGAAAGCUUCAAUGAGACUGCAUUUGCUGCAUUUGAAGUCGAGGACCCUUCACUCGACGCUCCCCAACCUACAUUGCGGAGGAUGAAACGAAAGUAUCAGAGGUACAUUGUGAGAACUCUGAGAAAACGGCCUCGUUCCCAUAGCUGCACGCUCAGAAAUUUAGCCGUCAGGAAAGAAUGGGGUUCCAUGUCCAGGAGGCAGCGCAUUGCCUAUACGGAUGCGGUCAAAUGUCUCUACUCCAAGAAGCCACCUCUCAGCAGCCUGUCCAACGUUCCUGGUGCACGAAACCGACUGGACGACUUCGUGGCUUCGCACAUCCAGCAAGGACAGAACAUCCAUUUUGACGGCUAUCUGUUCGCGUGGCACCGUCACUUUGUGCACCUCUACGAGAAAGCUCUCCGUGAGGAAUGUGGCUACAGGGGCCCGACACCGUACUGGGAUUGGACUCUAUCUGCAGAUGAUCCACGUAAAUCACCCGUGUUUGAUGGAAGCGCAACCUCCAUGUCAGGCAAUGGCGAAUCCAUUCCCCAUGGCGGGACUUAUGUUACAGCAUUUGGACUCAACGUCACUCUUCCACCAGGUACUGGAGGUGGAUGUGUCAAGGAUGGACCCUUCGCCGGCCUACAGGUCAAUCUGGGCGUGAACCCUACCGUACUGCCCGCUGAACCGGUCGACCUCACUUCCAACCUGACAUCCGUCGGUGUCUACGCCUCCGCCGACCGUAGUGACGUCUUGGGAGAUAACGCCUCCAACAGCUCCACCAGCUCCACCAGCUCCAACGCCCGUCUAGCCCCCGUCGCCUCCAAUGAUUUACCUCCGGCCGUCCGUGAGGCCCUCAAUUAUAACCCUCGCUGUCUGACCCGCGACAUCAACCUCUUCUGGGCCAACCAAGUCCGCACCAAGGACGUCGAAUUCCUCCUCGGCUGCGGGAACGUCGACUGCCUGGAGAAACGCUCCGACGGAUGGGAACUCGAUCGCACCUUGCCGCAGCCUCUCCUCCACGCCGCCGGCCACUUCGCCAUCGGUGGCCUGCAGAAUGAUCCCUUCGCCAGUCCCAGCGAUCCCGUCUUCUACCUCCACCAUGCGGCGUUUGAUCGCGUGUAUAGUAUCUGGCAGGGCCAGGAUGGGGACACUCGAACCUACCAGGUUGGAGGCACUCGCACACCGUUCAACAUCCCCCCUAGCGACAAAGUUACUCUAGAUGACAACAUUGACUUUGGAGUGCUUGCCCAGGGUGUCAAGAUGAGAGAUGUCAUGUCUACCAUUGAUGGUCCGUACUGCUACAUGUAUGACUAG